GUUCUGGGGAGGGAACUUGAGCGUCUAGGGACGGACCAGUGCAAAUGUCAGAAUGGCUUUGUCCAAUGUGAUGGCGGUGACCAGUGCUUUGCUGCAAAUGUGCCAGAUGCCACGAACAGUUCAGUGGAGGCCUCCUUAUCCAGCUUUGUGGCGGAGGGGCCCUUCCAAUGUCGGCCCUGCCCGCUUGCUAGCAACGGACAGCCCAUGGCUCCAACACAGGACCGCAUGCACUGCCUGCCCUGCUUGGUUGACGAUGCUGAUCCUGAAGCCACAGCUGGAUACUCGGAGAAGUGGGGCGAUUGCGUGUGCCCAGAGGGCAGUGCCCUCAAAGAGCGGACAAGCGAUGGCUCUUACCAGCUCCACAAGACAUGCGUAAAGUGUGCUGAAGGGAUCCUGUUCAGCCCUACGUCGGAGCCUCUCCCUAAUUACGACUGCAACCCUUGCCCAGACUUCCAGCGGAUGUACCGGCAGGCUUCUUCUGGUCAGUGCAUCUGCAGACAAGGCACCACGAAUAACGGCUACUUGGAUGCUGGUGGGUCUUGUGUCAGCGCGGCAGAGUUCAAUGAGAUCAACGAUCAGUUUCCAGAGUCCUCCGCCGUCACCGUAGACUUUCGUGACCUCAUCGAUGGCCGCGAGGGCUGGUGGCAGUCAGGUCCUUUCGGGCAGUUUCUGGGUAUUGAGGCCCGGACAGGCAGCACGCUUCAAACGCUCAGCUUGGACGCAGCAGGCCAAGACGUGCGGGUCAGUAGCGCAGCCAUGAAAUGGCUCUAUAUCCGAUGCGGCGUGGGCUGCCUUAGGGGGAAUGCCACAGCCUGCCAGUGUAUCUCGAAUCUGUGUGUCUUGCAGCUGUACGAUGAUCAGGCUAUAGUUUGCAAUUUCGUUCAGUUUCUGUAUCAAGGCAAGGCCCGCGUAGGAGACAGCACGGCAAUAGAGGAGAUGCCCUGGCUAUACUACAGCCCCCAGCGGCCUCUUCAGACUGUCCAAGAUGCAAGCCUGAAUUGGCGAUACACCUUUGCUGAUGUUUUGGUCUUUUGGUUGGCCUCGUACUCCUUGGAAGGCUCCUGGCUCGGGUGGACGAAAUUGGAGUCACAAUUGGAUCCUUGCGCUAACUUUGCAUCCACUUCCAAGCAGCCAAGAAGCUUGCCUUCAGCUUGGAGGCGUUUCGGAAGCUCGCUCCGGUCGGAGUGCAAUAUCCUAGCACGGAGCGUUCUGGAGUGCGGAGCCAACCCGAUUCUCUAUGACUUGUUCAUCCAGAACACUGAUGGGACUCUGGUGCCUGUGCCGGUGCGGAUCUUGAACCUGGUGCAGAAUGGACAGCGUCCCAACCUAAACCCAAGUGAGGGCGAAGUAGGAGAUGAUGUGCUUGUCCGCCGAUUUCUUCUCUGCGAUGCCGUCUCCGGACGAGAGAGUGGCCCUGGAGGCCCAGGACAGGCCUACCUGUCUGGUACGGGCUACUUGCGUGUGGUGCGGUGGGCGGCGCACCUCGCAGUCCAGGUCCGUGUGCGGCCAGAAGGAGAUGGACAGAUCUACACCCCCGUGGUCAGCAUUGCGUAUGCUGAGAAGAGGACGGACAAUCUGCAGGAAGACACAACGGUCCCUGGCAGCUUUGCUGCAGAGUACAGUACGGACACGUCUGGCUACUGGACAGCAGUCACCGUCUUGUUCGUUUUCCUGAUCCUGCUGCUGCUUUGUCUGGUGAUCUUCAGACUGUGCUUGCUCAGUCAGCGAUAUCCCAAUGCGCCGGUGUACCCGGAUCCGCACCUGUUCGCCCCCAGGCUAGUGCUGCAGGUACUGGUGAUGUGUUCUACCACGUGUUCCCUGCUUUUCUGGUUCCAAUACACGAUGACGCUAUUCUGGCUGAUCAUGUUUAAAGGGCAGAACGUUCCACUCCUUUUGCUGCCAUCUGCCUUGGGCGGAGGGCAGUACGAGGCCCAUGACGUCAUGCUUGUGUUGGUCUUUUGCUUGGCAAUCUUCACCGUCAGCUUUGGCCUCUGGAAGCAUCUCAGGAUGUUUUUCUUCCUGGUUGACUGGGAGAAGCCUCGCGGUGACCGUGACACUGUGGUAGUCCCGACCCAGCCAUCCCAGCCGCCACCUCCACCGCCGCCUGGUCCCACGCCACCUGCGCCUCCACCACCCGGAGGCCAGAUGGUGGGCUCCCCACUGCUCGGGGCAGGCUUUGCCCAGGGCUUCGCACCCAGAGAUACUGGGAACACUGACGCUGUGGCAAUCCCUGAUUCGGGCAUUUCUGCAUGGAGGACGCUCUUCGUGUGCAACGAGCUCAAUGAACGCUUGACUGCGACACGCGCAAUUCCUGAAGUGACAUGGCUAUCCAUGGUGGCCCUGUUGGAAGGGUGCAAUUGGGUGAAUGCUGCGAGAUGGAACACCCAUUACGAAAGUGAGCUGUCAGCGCUCUCCGCCGAGUUCAACCCAUUCCUGCAAUUUGCACUGGGGGUUAGUGUUUGGAUGUUCGUCAUUGCUAUUCAGUUCAUUCUGCAACGCAUUGGCAGCAUCUUCCUGGGUCACGACCUGAAUGACUUCGUCGACGUGUGUUCAAUUGCCAACGUAUCUGUGCUUCUUGGCGACGACGAUAGGUUCAUUCUGGAUGAGCCCUUCCAUGGCUAUUACAUCCAUGGCAAAGCCCCCAGCAGCCGCGGGGACUGGGGUCACACAGAGCUUGAGCGGGUCCUACAUGAUGAGGACAAGGGCAUAGGCUUCAGCAGGGGUCUCACGCCAGACGGUUGCCAGACCUUUGAGAUGUUCCUGCCACCUGACACAGCGGUGCAACUUCCAAAUGGCAACGUGGCGCACUUUCGACAGGAGCUAGGCAAGGUCUUUGUGGAAGUGCAGCAGACUCAGGAUGUAGCGCAGAUGUCUCAGCACCGCUGCAGCGUUCAGUUGCUGGUGGAUGCCAUGGUGAAUGCAGUCAUGCGCGGCGCUGGUGAUGUGCUGCAGGUUAGGAGCGCCUUCAACUGGUUUUGGGGGAUGGGACCCGCAGGAGGAGUAGGUGCAUUGCCACAUCCCAUUUUCUACAAGGAUCAAGAUGGCAUCUCCUUUCCAAAUGGGCUUGGAUGGUCCUCCACGCUUGCGUAUGGCGCAGAGUUGCGAAUAUGUGGCAUAGGCAUCCCCACAGGCUUUGAGUGGCAUCUGGGAUUGCUAGAGCUGAUGACAUUUUCCUUACUGUGGCGCUUUCAGGGCGCUGUAGUUCUGGCGGCUGGCCUUGCCUACGUCCUGAACAGAUGCGUCCUUGCCAUGUACUCGGCUGCUGGAAGGCGAGAUUUUCAGGAUGCCCUUAAGCAGAUGCAGGGCCAAGUUGCUGAAGAUCUCGGGCGGAUGCGUGACGAUGUGGGGAAGUUGGCAGCUCAGCCUCCAUUCUCAGUCUUCAAUGGCACAGUACAGCUGGAAGUAGUGGCAGUGGUAGCGGACCGCGUUUCCACAAUCAGGAAGGCGGUUGGCCACAUGCUGUUUCGAAGCUGUCCAGAGUUCGAUCCAGUGGAGCUGGAGAAGAGGAAGCUUCUGGAUGAUGUGGCCAAAAAAGCUGCGCACGCAGCGUCCGAGAAGCUGCUCGCAGACAAGGCGCCCAGCCCUUCCCCGCCCACGCCGCGGGCGGGGCCGGAGCCCGCGGAGAUGUUGAAGCAGCUCCAAGCAAUGAUCAAGGAGGCGCCGCCCGCUGAGAUCGUGAAGGUUGAGAAGGUUAAGGCGGCGCCCCCCAGCCGCCAGCCUUCCCCGGAACCUUCGGUGCAGCCGCAGCCCAGUGAAGAAACCAUCCCGGCCCUCACACAGCCCGAGCCAUCGGAGCCAGAAGAGCCGGAGACCGCGGCUCCGAAGGCACAGCCCAAGCCGCAGCCUUUGGAUCUGCCAGAGGCCAGACCGCAAGCCUCUGAGGCUUCCCCGGCUGAGUUUGCCGAAGUUGAGGCCACUCCUGGUUGGGGUGCCAUGUCACCGGCAUAUCAGAAAGCACUGAAGGAAAUGCUUGCCCAAUGUCAGACGGAAGAGGAAAGGGUGCGCUUCAUGGUUUCCAUGGCUACCGAAAGGACGCGGCCGCGGAAACCAAAGAACACAGAGCCUUCCAACUUAGAGCUGACAUGGGGUGAGCUCCUGUCCCCGAAGGACGCUCAACGGGCGAAGCGGCCAUCCCUUACCGAGGAGAAGCCAAAGGUCGAUAAGGCGCAGGCUGAAGGGAAGGUUGAGCAACCACUUGCACCACCGGUGCUCAGUGUGCCUCCAAAAAAAGAUCCGGGAGAAAAACUUCAGACCACACUUACCAGGCGUGCCUUUGUAGGGGGGCUGGCAUCCUUCCUUCAGCGGUGUCGCCCAGACCUGAUGGCAGCCCCGGCCCCGGCAACAGCAUCUGCUGCUCCUCCGACUGAAGCAGUGCCAGCGGCUGGAACAGCACCUGCUCCAUCUGGGGCAGCAGUCGGAGCACAAGCAGCACUAGCAGCAGCGCCAGCAGCGGCAAAGGCAAAGGCAGCAUCUGAGCCAGCAACCAGUGUGCCAGCAAUUACGCUAGCACCAUCAGCAGCAGCAGCAUCAUCCACGUCACUGGCCCUUCCUUCUGCGGCAGCUUCGUCUUCCAAGCCAGCGAUGACAACCGCCUCUCAGCCUCCACUGCCUCCUCCCACUGGGCCUCCAGAAGCUGCCAAAGCUGGAGCACCAGCAGCCCCAGCAGUGGUGCAGCCAAAGCUGCAACGCGCUGCUUCGGCGUCGGUGGACACAUCAGCAACGGUGCUGGGUCCAGCUGGAGCGCCAAAACCCGCGGCUUCUCCCCAGCCACCAGUUGCACCACCAACAUUGCCCGGACCACCUGCAGCAACGCCUGUGCCAAAGACUACCAGCACACUGAGCGCUCCGCCUCCCAAUCCCACACCAAACCCUUCCACCUCAUCCAGCUCUGACGCGACCUCCAAAGCUCCCCCACCACCCAAAGCACCAGCAGCAACUGUGCCCCAGACGCCGCAACCUCCUGCCACAAGUGCGAGCGGCGAACCGGGAAGGGCCCCCGCAGCAGCAGUUCCGGUGCCAAAGCCAGCGGAUGCCACGCUGCCAAA